ACCAGCCUCCUCGACCGGAGGAGGAAGCGACUGCGGGAGGCGGCCGGGGGCAGAGGCGGCGCCGCAGCGCCUCCUCGAGGUCAGGGCCCUCCGCAGGUCAGCCGGCUGCGCUUUCCCUUCGCCCGCCCCGGUGACCCCUCCUGCUUCGUCGCAGCCCCGCCCACCCCCGGACUGACUACAGCGCCUGCGCACGUUCUGCCCCGGCCCGCCCCUCGUCUCCCGACCGGAUGUCAGCAGGCUUCCCAUAGUACCUCGCGAGUGGCGGGCAUGAUAACAGAUCCAGGAGGGUAGCACGCGGGUUCGGGUUGUUGCUGUUGUUGUGCCUGUUCUUUCGGAGGUUGGGGUACGGGCACUGCCUAGUCCGCCGGUGCGAUGGCGCUUCUCCGGGGCAUGUGGGGCGCGCUGAGGACCCUGGGGAAGUCUGGAGCGGACCUGUGCGCGGGCUGUGGGAGUCGACUGCGCUCACCUUUCAGUUUUUCGUAUAUUCCGAGAUGGUGUUCAUCCACCUUUGGCAGCUAUCCAAAGAAACCUAUGACUUCAUACCUUCGAUUUUCUAAAGAACAGUUACCCAUAUUUAAAGCUAAGAACCCAGAGGCAAAAAAUUCAGAGCUAAUUAAAAGAAUUGCCGAGCUGUGGAGGGAACUUCCUGAUUCAGAGAAAAAGGUAUAUGAAGAUGCUUACAGGGUAGAGUGGGAGGCCUACAAAGAAGAGAUUAGCAGAAUUCAAGAACAUCUAACUCCAAGUCAGAUGCUAUCUAUGGAAAAAGAAAUCAUGCAAAAACGUUUAAAAAAGAAAGCAUUAAUGAAAAAGAGAGAGUUAACAAUGCUUGGAAAACCAAAAAGACCUCGCUCAGCUUAUAACAUUUUUGUAUCUGAAAGUUUCCAAGAAGCUAAAGAUGGUUCAUCACAGGCAAAGCUGAAGGCUGUAAAUGAUAACUGGAAAAAUCUGCCUAGUUCUCAAAAACAAGUAUAUAUUCAACUUGCUAAAGAUGAUAAAAUUCGUUAUGAUAAUGAAAUGAAAUCUUGGGAAGAACAAAUGGUUGAAGUUGGACGAAGUGAUCUUAUACGUCGCAAAAUGAUGCACCAUGCAAAAGAUGGAUCUGAGGAGAGUUAAAAUAGAAGAUUGAGUUGCAUUCAUGAUGGAUAGGCCUGAGAAGCUGAUUAAGUCAUAAUACCUGAUGCUGUUGUAAGAUUAGAAAGGAUAAAGUUGGUAAACAUUUUAUAUUCAAAUCCUUUUUCUUUAGCCCAUGGACUUCUGCCAGUUUAAUUCAUUUUGUAUUAGUAUCUUUCUUUGGGAAACCCAAAUAGAUGAAAGUUCUUACAAAAUUUAUUUUAUGUUAAGAACUACUGAGGAUGAAAAUAAUCCGUGCAAGUGUAGCAGUGAAUCAUUCUACCUUUGAUAAAGGUACACCAGACUGUGAAGUUUUUUAUCUGUAUGAUGAUGAUGGGAAGAGUGUUCUUGUUUCCUUAUAUUAUGGAGACAGGAGUUCCCUUUCCAAAAUUGUGACAAAUUGUAGAAGCCAUAGUGUUCUAUGAUACAAUUGUGCAUUUUUAAAAAAGCAACCAGAACUCAACGAGGUCAAUUGCAGUUCCGCAGUAUAAUUCAUACAGCAUUUUGAGUGGAUGGUUGUACAUGCAAGUUGAUCAUUGUUUUCAGUUGCUGCUUUUUAUAAAAGGGACUGAGAAAUUUAUAAACCUUUCUCAUCUUUUUCUUUUUCCUAAAAACUAAGAAAUUCUGUACCAGACCUAUGCAUGUUGUUUAUAUUGCAUAGAAUAACAUUUUAAUCUUUAAUUUUAUGCUUGUGAAUUACACAUUUUAAGGGGAAACAUUUAUUUUACAUCUUUCAUCUUUUUCUGGAUUAUUUUCUUUCUCUUGUAUGAAUAUAUUUAAGCACAAAGAAAACUUGUGUAAAUUUUUAAAUGAGAAACUUAAUAAAACCUAAGUCUCCAAAGUCUUGGGAAUGUCAAAAAUUUUACCUAACAUAUAAAGGCCUUUGUAAAACAUAGCCACUAUAUGGUCUUGACAAUUCAACCUACUUCCUGCUUUUCACGGUGAGAUAAAAAUUGUUUAUUUUAUAUCAUUAAAAAAGAUUUAUGAUAAAUGAAAAUUAAUAGGAAAUUUAGUGCACAUAAGCAGAGUUUUAUUAGAACACAGCUUUGUUCAUUCUUAGUAUCUGUAGCUGCUUUUGUGUUACAGUGACAGAAUGGCUGUUACCAAGACUGUAGUGUGCAAAGCCUAAAAUAUAUAUCUGGCCUUUUACAGAUCAACUUUGUCAGUUUGUGUUUGGUAGUAUAGUAUAGUGUGACUACCCUUCCAAUGAACUGAUAGGUUGGAGUAUUUUUUUUCAUCUGUUUCAGGUGAAUCAUUGUGUUCCUUAAGAGAAAAAGGUUGCUACUACAUAAGGCAAAAAGUUGCUUCUCAAUGUUACAAUGAAAAUAAUCUUGAGUCUCAAAUUAUGUUGGAGUAUAAGGAAAAAGAUCACAUAGUAUGGAAUGAGAUUCUCUUAAUAUUUGCUGUGUUCAGUAAAAUGUACCUUAAAAGUUUUUCUGCUAGUACUUAUCACAGAAACCUCAUUGUAGUUGGGAAUCUUCAUUCUUUACCAUUUAUUUAUUUUCUGAGGACAGUUAAGCAAAGGUUUUCAAAAUCCACACCACCUUUUGAACAGAAUAAUCUUUCCUCAUGAGUUUGCAGGUAUAGGACAACUCAGAAUUUAUGUGUACUUAGUAUGUUAUGCGUAAUACUUAAGAAUUGUAGCUUCUAGCCCUCCAGAAAGACUUGGAAGAUUUUUGUUGUUUGUGGAUGGAAAACAAGUAAAAUGUCAUAAAGAUGUUGUCUUAUAUGUUAAGUUAGACAAAAGAGGAUCAGUACUGUGGCUCAGUCAGUUAAACUGCUGCCUGUGGGCACUGCUUCAUGUCCAGACUGCUCCACUUCCCAUCCAGCUCCUCGCUAAUGUCCCUGGGAAAGCAGUGGAAUAUGGCCCAAAUGCUUGGGCCUCUGCACCUGAGUGGAAGCUGCACCCAGAAGAAGCUCCUGGCUCCUGGUUUUGCAUUGGCCCAGUUCUGGCCAUUGCAGCCAUUUGGAGAGUGAACCACGGGUGGAAGACCCCUCUAACUCUUUCAAAUAAAUAAAAAUCUUAAGAAAAAAAUUUUAAAAAUUAGACAAAAGAUAGGAACUGAAGAGAAAAAUAUAUCUUAAGAGGAGAUGUACAGUUAAAUAUAUAAAGUUUUAAAUAUAUAAAACUUUCUCUUAUAGAUAUGAGUACUGAAGAAAGUCUGUUAUUGGUAACAGACAACCAGAGGUUUGUGGCCAGGGUAGUUUAGAGGUAAGGGGAAAGAGGAGGUGUGCCAGUAUCUGUCAUAGUCUGAAGUAGGUUUGCAGGAGAGAAUAAUGACCUAACACCCCAUGGCAUCUGAAAUGAUUUUGAUCAUGGGCCAUCUCAGGAUAGUGUAGAAAAUUGCAGCUCAAGUCCUUGACUGUUACUUCAGAUGCUCAGGGAAUGAAACGAAGUCAGUGUAUAUAAUGAGCAUUGUGGAUUGUUGAAUUAGAAAAAUGAGUUAUGUAAAUAUCUACAGGACAAUGUAGCAUAAGAGAUAUGUUUGUAGUUACUCUGCAGGGGAAAUUCCUCUGAACUCUCUCAGCAUUUAAAUACCUGGACGAUUUUAUACUUAACAUUCAAAUCGUACCUUCCAAGAUAAACUGAGGAGCUGAGGUUAGUAGGUUCUCAAGUAGUUAGAACCUAAUAUAGGAGGGAAAGGUAUAAAACAGCAAAAGAGAGCAGAAGCAUAAAUGAUAAUAUCGAAUUCUGUUUGGUUUUGUUUUUAAAAAUAAGUUGUUGUUAGUACUUUAAACCAGAAUAAUCUGAUUUCCAAGCCUUUCUUUAAAAACUUUGGUACAGAUUGGAGAUUCAACCCUUAUAUAAAAUUCCUUCCAGUUGCACCAAUACACAGAUUUUUUGCUAUGAAGACUAAAAACUCCACAUCAAAACCAGUAGACAUAAUAUGGCUUUGCUCUUUAGAGUUUUCGUAAUUUGACUUAACAAAGUAGUUGAUGAGUGAAUUAAAAUGAGUGUUAGAGGGAAAGAUAAUGAGGAAAUGAAAUAAAGCAGGGUGUAUGCUCUUAGAGGAGUAAUCAGUCCUAAAGAUUUUUAUACUUUAAUUCAUUGGUGUGCCAAUAUUAGGUUUCUUGAAAUAAUUUGAUGAGGGGAGAGAAGGUUCUAUGUUUAUUUUACUCUCUGAUAUUUACUUAGUGAAUAUUAUGUACAAAUUAAAUAUGCUAUAAUUGUAUAAUUUUGCUGUCGCUCUUUUUUUUUUUGGAAGUUCAAUUUUUUAAAAGGCAUAUGUUAUUCUCUGAAUCAAUAUUUGAAUAUAUGAAAAUUUAAUAUAUGAGCCUCUGUUUGGAUUUUUGAAUUUAAGAAUUGAUAUUACUGUACUGUAAGUGGAUUUAAAGUAACUAGAAAAUUGUAGUGAUUUUUCUGACAUUUACUGUUACCUAUAACUUAUCAACACAAGGUUGUGCUAAAACAGCAAUUUGUAUAUAAUGAAGUGAUAGUAUCCCUUAUUUCUCUAAAUUUUACUAAUAUUUACUUCAAGAAUACUCUUAUAUCCUUCACCUCACAGCUACAGUCCCUCUUCUCCAUAGAAGUGUUGUAAGCACAGACUCUUAUAUGUUUUGAAAAUUUAUAACAAUAAUACUUUUUUAAAUUGAGCUUCUGGAAAGUAUAAGAAAAUGAAUAUAUUUAUUACUUUAACUAUGUGAAGCUUUCUAAACAGGAAGUAGAACUACUAAAGACUAGUGUCAUCCUUCUUACAUUUUUUGCAAAUAAAGUACUUCAGGUAACUUAUUAAAUCACUGAUUAUAUUUAAUGUGAAAUACUUAAAAACCAUUCUCUAGUGCAUUUCCAAAUGUUUUACUGAGGAGCUAAAUACAAAGAUUGAUCCUAAACAAGAAUUUUAUUUUUUUUAAUAUUAUUAUUAUUAUUUUAUUUAUUUUUUAAAAGAUUCAAAAGUCUUACAUCCACUGGUUCACGCCCCAGAUGAUUGGAGUUUUGUUGAUCCGAAGACAGGAACCCUGAGCCAGGAGCUUCCUCCGGAUCUCCUAUGUGGAUGCAGGGGCCCAAGCACUUGGGCCAUCUUCUACUAUUUUCCCAUUAAACAAGAAUUUUAAAUAAACUAAACAUUUUAAAAUCAUUUUGACAUCAUUUAAAUCACCUUUAUGUAUAGGUAACAGAUUUACAUACCAAAUCAAGGAGAAAUAUAUUCAUAUUGUAGUAGAUGAAAUUGUAGAUUCCUUCCGGGUCUAAAAAUAAUACUAAAGAUGAAUUUUGGAUUGACAAAUGUACUUGUCAAGAAAUUUUAGUUUUAUAUACAGUAAUUAUUGUUGGCAUCUUGAAAUUUUGUCCAUUUUCAAAAUGAUAACUAAGAAUAAGGAUUUUGGAGUCAGCUGGAUUCAGAUUGUGGCUUUGUCAUUGUAAAUUUCUAACUGUGUUUACUUGAGAGGCACAGAGACAGAGUUCCCAUUUGUUAAUUCCCCAAAUGCCUGCAACAGCCAGGCUUGGGCUGGGUGGGCCUGAAGCCAGGAACUAGGACCUCAAUCCAAGUCUCCCACAUUGGUGGCAGGGACCUAACUUCUUGAGCCAUUACUUGCUGCCAUCUUGGAGUCUGCACUGGGAGGAAGGUAAAAGAGGGAGCCAGAGCUGAGAGUUGAACCCAGGUGGGUUGCUGGCAACUUAACUGCUAGGCUAAAUGCCCACCUCUCUGCCAUUCUUAAGAGAGUCACUCAACAUCUGGUAACUCCAUUUUCUCAUCUGCAAUAAAUGGAAAUGAUAGCACCCACAUUACCAGGUUGUAGUGAGGAGUAAAUAAAUAAAUAAAUGUAAGUAAUUUAUGAACUUGAAGUACUUAAUACUUCCUGCUCUCCUUCCCGUUUCUACCCUGUCAUAUGAACUAAUCCUGACUUCAGGUUUCAUUUGUUAAUGAUGGAUUACAUCUACAACUCUGAAAUAUGAUUCUACCUCUAUAAUUUAUAUAUAAACAUUGCUUCCAUAAAAGGUGAAUAUUUUUAUCACUACUACUUUCUGCAGUUUUUCUGAGUUUUAGUUUUUCCAUAGGCCGAAUAACUUGAAUGUUUAAAUUUUUUCCUUGAUCAUCAACUUUAGAAAAUAUCUCUAAACUCCAAAAGAUACUGUGCCUGUUGCUCCUUCUACCUUCUUUGUUGAGCUGCCAGAUUAUCAGCUGUAUCAUUAUUUCAGUGACAUGUGUCUUUGUAGGAAUUUGUCCAUUUCUUCUAAGUUAUCUUAAUUUAUUGGCAUAAAAUUGUUCAUGGUAUUCCUGUAUAGUCCUUUUUGUUUCUGUAUAUAGUUCAUAGUAUUCCCUCUUUUAAUUUCUGAUUCUAGUAAUUUGUAUCUUGUUUCCUGUUGGUCAGUCUGGCUAAAAGUUUGACAAAUUUGUUGAUAUUUCCAAAUAAUCAACUUCUGGUUUUAUUGUUUUCUCUAUUUUUUAAAAUUUAUUUAUUUAUCUGAAAGUUACAGAGUGAGAGAAGGGGAGAGAAAGAGAGAGAGAGAGAGAGGUCUUUUAUCCACUGGUUCACUCCCCAAAUGGCCACAAAAGCCGGAGCUGGGCUGAUCCAAAGCCAGGAGCCAUGAGCUUCUUACAGGUCUCCCACGAGGGUGCAGGGGCUCAAGGACUUUUAUCAUCUUCCGCUGCUUUCCCAGGCCAUAGCAGAGAGCUGGGUCGGAAGUGGGGCAGCUGGAACUCAAACUGGCGCCCAUAUGGAAUGCUGGCACUGCAGGCAGCAGCUUUACCUGCUGUGUCGCGAUGUCAGCCUUGAUAACUGGCGAUUUUUAAAAAUUGAUGUUCCUGUCUACCUUAGACCUGUUAAUGAGGGGCCUGAGAGAAGGGGUCCUCAAAUAACUUUAUUUUUUUAUUUUUUAUUUUUAAGUUCAUAUCUUAAAAUUGAUGUAAAGGGGAGGGUAUUUAGCUUAGGGGUUUAAGAGUGCCUGGAUUCAGGACUCUGACUCUCCUGCUAAUGCAGAUCCUCCGAUGAUAAUGACUUUUUUUAUUUUAUUUUUUUUUUUACAGGCAGAGUGGACAGUGAGAGAGAGAGAGAGAAAGGUCUUCCUUUGCCGUUGGUUCACCCUCCAAUGGCCACUGCGGCGGGUGCACUGCAGCCGGUAUACUGUGCUGAUCCGAAGGCAGGAGCCAGGUACUUAUCCUGGUCUCCCAUGGGGUGCAGGGCCCAAGGACUUGGACCAUCCUCCACUGCACUCCCUGGCCACAGCAGAGAGCUGGCCUGGAAGAGGCAACCGGGACAGAAUCCAGCACCCCGACCGGGACUAGAACCUGGUGUGCCAGCGCCGCUAGGCGGAAGAUUAGCCUAUUGAGUCGCGGUGCUGGCUAUAAUGACUUAAGUCAUUGGGUUCCUGACUCCCAGUUUCAGUCUGGCCUGUUGAGUGCAUUUGGGGAGUGAACUGUUGAAUGGAAGCUCAUUAUCUGUCUCUACCUCUAAAAUACAUAAAUAUAAGUUGAUAGAACAACUUUAAAAGGUUAUGAAGAAUUACACUUCAGGGGCUGGCGCUGUGGUGUAGUGAGUAAAGCUGCUGCCUGCAGUGCCAGCAUCCCAUAUGGGUGCCGGUUCUAGUCCUGGCUGCUCCACUUCCGAUCCAGCUCUCUGCUAUGGCCUGGGAAAGCAGUAGAAGAUGGCCCAAGUCCUUGGGCCCCUGCACCCACAUGGGAGACUGGGAAGAAGCUCCUGGCUCCUGGCUUCGGAUUGGCGCAGCUCCGGCUUUUGUGGCCAGUUGGGGAGUGAACCAUCAGAUGGAAGACCUCUCUCUCUCUCUCUCUGCCUCUGCCUCUGCCUCUACCUCUACCUCUAUCUCUACCUCUCCUUCUCUCUCUGUGUAACUGACUUUCAGUAAAGUAAAUAAAUCUUAAAAAAAAAAAAAAGGAAUUACACUUCUAACAUAGUAAAUAUAGACUUAGAAAGUGGAAGUUACAUCACUUUGUGUGUGUGUCUGUGUGUGUGUAUACAUAAAAUGGGCAUUUGAGCCUUGGCCCAGCUUUGGCAGUUGCAGGCAUCUGGGGAGUAAACCAGUUUUUAGAUUUCUCUUUCUACCUUUGAAAUAAAUAUUUAUUUUAAAAACAAAUGUAUAUAAUGCUUUCUGAACACCAUAGUAUAACAAACUUAAUGGGAAAUUUUUGCACCAUUCCAUUUCACAACCUCGACAGGAUUUUAUCUACUAAUGUAUUUUUGUGCUUGGAUGCCUCUUUAUUUAUUACCUUGUUGUAAUUCUCUGAAGCAGAAAUAUGUACAUAAAUUUGAAUUGAACUUUUAAAAUUUUCCAUGUCCAUAAUCUUUAAGUACUUAAAAUUUCUGGAAUAUAUAAUCACUGUAAUUUACUGUUAGAAUGCAGUCACUAAAAUCAACAGUAAUGUAUUACAGUGGUGUGGGGGUACAAAAUCAGUUUCCUUCCAUAGAUGAUAAAACUUAAAUAUGGUAUGUUUAUACAACGGAAUACUCAGCAAUAAAAAGCACCAAGCUAUUUAUAUA